AUGUCCAAGAAGGAUGUGGCGUAUUUCUGGAUCGUACUGCUCCUGUGCCAAGAGCUACGGACCGACCCGAUCGCAGAGAUGGGACCAUCCUCCGGCAUCCUGAUUCAAGAGACACCAGGGUUCAUCUUGACAGAGAAGAGGAUCCUGACCCGACGUGUGUUCGUCAGCUUGGACCCCAAGAUUUCCAUCGAGAAGGCAUACAACAUUUCAUCGAUGCAGCUUCAUGAGUUACAGACUUGGUACCAGAUGCACCUCCAAAGAGCACAUCGAAACAUCUUGGAGCAAGCCCGGAAACCAUUUGUAUCCAGUACUAUUUCGAUGAGCAACCGACCCAAAAGGUUCCUCACCGCCAUAAUUGUUGCAUUAUUUUGUACCACUGUCAGUGCAGUUGUCGCAACUGGAAUGUCUGCAGCCAACUCUAUUACUGUCCAAAAGCUGGAUAUGGAAAUCUAUGCGCUAAAGCAACACAUUAACGAUAUUCAUCAGGUGAUACAACAGCAAAGAACACUUCUCCAAGACGUGUUAACUAUUGUGGAAGACACAGUUGUUACAACAAAUUUGCAUUCGGAGUUAAUUGCCAAAUCCACUGAGUUGCACCAAAGUCAUGACUUAUUUAAGCGUGAACUUCUAUUUCUGCAUGACCCAAUAUUGUUCCACACACUUGCUUUUCUUGACGAAGUGUAAACUGGAAUGAUCGAAUUGGCAGGGGGACACAUACCUCUGUACUUUGUAGCCAAGGAUAUUGUUCAUACGAUGCUUGCCAAUGUGGAUGGAGAAACUAUUGAACCUAUGCAAUUAAAUCUGGCCUUUGAGAUGGGGAGCGCUAUCCCUCUCUUAAUUGAUCAUGGAUGAUUUGCUUUUUAUUAACCAUGCAUGGAGAUUUGCUUUUUAUUAACCAUACCAUAUGUAACUCCCAAAAACAUUUUUCAAAUGAAAACAAUUUGCUAUGAUAAUAAUAAUAUUAUGGUUGAUUGUACUAAGUGUAAAGUUCAAAGGUCUUACAGGUACAAAAAUAUACAAAAAUGUUAAUUCCACGCACGGGCCUAUGUCAGUAGAAAUGAUGUGAGUGCACAAUAUGUCUUGUAACUGCUAUAGUGCUUAUUCAUAGACUAAAUUAAUCAUUGCUAUGAAAAAUCACUAAGGGGGAUUAUGUCAGGAUAUUUAUAUCGGCAGACAUUUUGUGCUAAGAAAGAAAUUAAAAGUGUAUAUUGCCAGAGUCACUCAGAACAGAGCGGACUCCAUUUUGCUAUCUUCAGGAUAACAAAGACACAUAAUUUCCUUGCUUUCACUAACCACUGAGCCUGAGCUAAGGAAUGCAUUAUAUAAACACAGACACUAGUGACAGAGAAGACUAAGUAAUUCAUUUUACUUUCUAAAUUUUACAAGGUCUCAUUGUAAGUAAGGGGUGAAAUUGAGUUUAGAACUCUCAAUUUUACAAAUUACGAUCAAAGUAGUUGCCACAAAGACUGAGACAAACGUUUUGAACUAACAGCAAAUUUAAGUUAUGGUAGUCAUUUUAGAUAAGCCAAAUGACGUCAAAAUCGUCAUCAGGAAAAGUUAACUAUUUCCUGGAUAGGAAGGUUUAGUAAGGCGAGACUGUCCUCUAUGGACCAAAUACAUAAAUUGCGAUCUGAAGGUUGAACACACCUACAGUUUCCUAUUGGCUUUGUCAACUAAUGACGUACAGAGAGUCUGGCCCUUUAAAAGUUAGGACAAAGGGAAGAGAGAAGUUAGUUGGUGGAGUUUGGGAGUUGGUAGAGUUUUGGGCAUUCAGAUUCGGACAUGCAGAGAGAGAGAGAUUCAGGACACUCUCUGGGACUAACACUCAACUCUUAAACUCCUUGACACUUAAAAUUUACUAAUACUUUCUAACCAACAUCACUUUUGUCUAUUACUCACGCACCUCCAUACAACCAAUCAUACUUGCAUUUUCCUGGGACUACCUACUCAUCUGAUGAGAAUACCUACAUAACUGGUAAUUAUGCUGGUUUUAUUUAAUUAAUCUAAAUUAAUUAAAAUUUACUAAUAGCAUGAUAUAUGACUGGAUAAAUCACAGUCAGAUUUCAAUAUUUAGAAAUCUUAGUUAACUAAAGAAUAUAUAGGUAUAAACAUUCAAUUCUGCAGGUGGAAUUAAGAAUAAUUAUAUAUUAAUGUGAUAGUAUCACGUGUUAGCAUACCGUUGUUUUUAUCCAGGUGUAUUGAUUUGCUCUAAUAUAAGAUAAGAUAUCUUUUUAGGCAUAUUAAAAUUAGGCUUUUGUAAAAAUCUGGUAGAUUAUUGGACUAACAAAAUGUAAACAAAACCUGGCAUUUGCGCUACAUGUCUGUCCAACCGUAAUUCACCUCUUUCAUAUUAAAUGCACCCACCCUUAUUAUAUAUCAUUUUAUUCAGGGGAAACAGGGCUUUCAUUUAAUAUCAAAUAUUUAGCAAUGAAACAUAAUUUAAUAUGAAAAAAAUUGGAGAAAAUAAGAUUUUUUUUGAUUUUUUUAGUUCUACAUGACAUUUUAACUGUCAAUGUCAUAAUACUGUUUGCUUUUACUGCAAUAAAAUACACAUAUUUGUAUUCAGCAAAGUCUCACGUGUAAAACAGUACCCCCUAUCUACAGGUUUUAUGGCGUUUUGGGAAGUUACAGGGUCAAACAUAGCACGUUACAUUUGAAAUUGAAAUUCGCCAGAUUGGUUACGUUGCCUUUGGGACUUUAUAGUAGUCCAGGAAUGAAACUUACACCCAUAAUGGCAUACCAUUUGCAAUAGUAGACAACCCAAGGUAUUGCAAAUGGGGUAUGUCCAGUCUUUUUAGUAGCCAUUUGGUCACAAACACUGGCCAAAGUUAGCGUUAGUAUUUGUUUGUGUGUGAAAAAUGCAAAAACGCCAAUUUUGGCCAGUGUUUGUGACUAAGUGGCUACUAAAAAAGACUGGACAUACCCCGUUUGCAAUACCUUGGGUUGUCUACUAUUGCAAAUGGUAUGCCAUCAUAGGGGUAAUUUUCAUUCUUGGGCUACCAUAGGGUCUCAAAGGCACCGUAACCAAUCUGGCAAAUUUUAAUGUGAAAAAAAUGAAACGCAAGCCUUAUAUUUGACGCUGUAACUUUUGAAAACACCAUAAAACCUGUACAUGAGGGGUACUGUUGUACUCGGGAGACUUCGCUGAACACAAAUAUUUGUGUUUCAAAACAGUCAAAAAGUAUCACAGCAAUAAUAUCGUCCGUGUAAGUGCUGUUUGUGCAUGAAAAAGGCAAAAAACGUCACUUUUACUGGCGAUAUCAUCGUUGUAAUACACUUUACUGUUUUGAAACACUAAUAUUUGUGUUCAGCGAAGUCUCCCGAGUAGAACAGUACCCCCCAUGUACAAGUUUUAUGGUGUCUUGGAAAGUUAUAGGGUUAAAUAUAGUGCUAGCAAAUUAAAUUCCCUUUACUUUCGGCAUGGGUUGUCAGGCAGGUCCUGCUAAUUGUAAUUAAUUAAGAUACCUAAUUAUGUAAAAAUAUUACAUAAAUAUAUAUAUAGAAUUAAUAUAUGUAUAUAUAUAUAUAUAUAUAUAUAUACAUACGUAUGUGAAUCUAUAUGUGUAUAUAUAUAUAUAUAAUUUUUUACAAAUAUUUUUAUUUAUAUAUAGGUAUAUAUAUAGUGAUAUAUACGUAUAUAUUUAUGUAUGUAGAUAUAUAUUUUAUUUCGUUCUACGUGUAUUUUGAUAUAAAUAUAUAUAUUAAUAUCACAAUACAGUUAGAACGAAAUAACACACAUCUAUAUAUUUUUUAAAAAAUUUUUAAAUUAUUUUUAAAUUUUAUUUUUUAACGUAUUUCCAUAUUUAAUUUUUUUAUAUUAUAUAUAAAUAUAUAUAUAACAAUAAUUAUAUAUAUAUUUAAUCAGUAUCAGUCUACGUGUAAUUUGAUAUUAAUAUAUAUAUAUAUAUAAUUAUAUAUAUAUUAAUAGUAAAAUACACCUAGACAGUAUAUGUGUGUGUAUGUAUAUGUGUAUAUAUAUAUACUUAGAUCAUAUAUAUAUAAUAUAUAUAUAUGAUCUAAGUAUACAUUUUUAUUUUUAUUUUUACACUUUUUAAUUUAUUUAUUUUUAUUUUAAGCCAGCAGGGGGGACCACCUGUCAUUACAGGCAGUCCCCCUGCUGGCAAUGCAGGAGGCAGCCUACCCGGCUAUGUGAUUGUGAGGUCCUCGCAAGGACCUCACUCUCACAUGGCCGGGGGGGCUGCCAGGAAGAGGAUCUGCCGCGGGGGGGCUCCCUGGGAGUCCCCCCCACCGCGAUCGCCGGUGUGGGACUGCCGGUGACCGGGUAAGUAAUGAAAGACCGGAGGGCGUACAAUUACGCUCGGCGGCGUUUAGAGCCGCCUAAAAUAGGGCGUUAUAGUAAGCCCUCUGGUCUUAAGGGGAUAAAGGAAAGAGAGCGCCCAGGGGCCUCCUUGCAUCAUAGAAUUUUCAUUUAGUUGAAGUUGUUAUGGUGACUAAAAUGUUCCUUUAAUUUGAUUAACCCCUUUAGACCGGAGGGCGUACUAUUACGCCCUAUUAUAGGCGGCUCUAAACACCGCCGGGCGUAAUAGUACGCCCUCCGGUCUUUCGGUACUUACCCGGUCGCCGGCAGUCCCACGCCGGCGAUCGUGGUGGGGGGGACUCCCAGGGAGCCCCCCGCGGCACGACCGUCCUCCUCGAAGCCCCCCGGCCGUGUGAGAGUGGGGUCCUUGCGAGGACCCCACAAUCACAUGGCCGGGGAUAGCUGCCUUCUGCAUUGCCAGCAGGGGGGCUGCCUGUAAUGACAGGUGGUCCCCCUGCUGGCUGAAAAUAAAAAUAAAAUGAGUUAAAAGUGUAAAAAAAUAAUAAUAUAUACUUAGAUCAUAUAUAUAUAUUAUAUAUAUAUGAUCUAAGUAUAUAUAUAUACACAUAUACAUACACACAUGUACACCGUCUAGGUGUAUUUUACUAUUAAUAUAUAUAUAAUUAUAUAUAUAUAUAUAUUAAUAUCAAAUUACACGUAGACAGAUACUGAUUAAAUAUAUAUAUAAUUAUUGUUAUAUAUAUUUAUAUAUAAUAUAAAAAAAAUAAAAAUGUAAAUACGUUAAAAAAUUAAAUUUAAAAAAUAAUUAAAAAUAAAUAAUUAAAAAAUAUUUAGAUGUGUGUUAUUUCGUUCUAACUGUAUUGUGAAAUUAAUAUAUAUAUAUAUAUAUCAAUAUACAUGUAGAACGAAAUAAUAUAUAUAUCUAUAUACAUAAAUAUAUACGUAUAUAUUACUAUAUAUAUACUUAUAUAUAAAUAAAAAUAUUUAAAAAAAAUUAUAUAGAUAUAUACAUAUAUAUAUACACAUACGUAUAUAUAUACAUAUAUUAAUUCUACAUAUAUAUUUAUGUAAUAUUUUUACAUAAUUAGGUAUCUUAAUUAAUUACAAUUAGCAGGACCUGCCUGAUAACCCAUGCUGAAAGUAAAGGGAAUUUAAUUUGCUAGCACUAUAUUUAACCCUAAAACUUUCCGAGACACCAUAAAACCUGUACAUGGGGGGUACUGUUCUGCUCGGGGGACUUCGCUGAACACAAAUAUUAGUGUUUCAAAACAGUAAAAUGUAUUACAACGAUGAUAUCGCCAGUAAAAGUGAAGUUUUUUGCAUUUUUCAUGCACAAACAGCAUUACACGGACAAUAUUAUUGCUGUGAUACUUUUUACUGUUUUGAAACACAAAUAUUUGUGUUCAGCGAAGUCUCCCGAGUACAACAGUACCCCUCAUGUACAGGUUUUAUGGUGUUUUCAAAAGUUACAGCGUCAAAUAUAAGGCUUAUGUUUCAUUUUUUUCACAUUAAAAUUCGCCAGAUUGGUUACGUUGCCUUUGAGACCCUAUGGUAGCCCAAGAAUGAAAAUUACCCCUAUGAUGGCAUACCAUUUGCAAUAGUAGACAACCCAAGGUAUUGCAAACAGGGUAUGUCCAGUCUUUUUUAGUAGCCACUUAGUCACAAACACUGGCCAAAAUUGGCGUUUUUUGCAUUUUUCACACACAAACAAAUACUAACGCUAACUUUGGCCAGUGUUUGUGACCAAAUGGCUACUAAAAAAGACUGGACAUACCCCAUUUGCAAUACCUUGGGUUGUCUACCAUUGCAAAUGGUAUGCCAUUAUGGGUGUAAAUUUCAUUCCUGGGCUACUAUACAGUCUCAAAGGCAACGUAACCAAUCUGGCGAAUUUCAAUUUCAAAUGUAACGUGCUAUAUUUGACCCUGUAACUUCCCAAAACGCCAUAAAACCUGUACAUAGGGGGUACUGUCUUACACGUGAGACUUUACUAAAUACAAAUAUGUGUAUUUUAUUGCAGUAAAAGCAAACAGUAUUAUGACACUGACCUUUAAAAUGUCAUUUAGAACUAAAAAAAUAAAAAAAAAUCGUAUUUUCUCCCAUUUUUUUCAUAUUAAAUUAUGUUUCAUAGCUAAAUAUUUGAUAUUAAAUGAAAGCCCUGUUUCCCCUGAAUAAAAUGAUAUAUAAUAAGGGUGGGUGCAUUUAAUAUGAAAGAGGUGUAUUACGGCUGGACAGACAUGUAGCGCAAAUGCCAGGUUUUGUUUACAUUUUGCUUUGUUCACAAUGUGUACAUUUGGCUCCGUCCUAAAGGGGUUAAAGGAACACUAUAGUGUCAGGAAUACAAACAUAUAUUCCUGACACUGUUGUAGAAUUAUUAGGCCUCUAUAAAUCUGUAAGGCCCCUUUAAAUCCUCUUGCUAUACCUCUAAGAGGCCCCAUAGUUUUACAAGAAAGCUUUGUCUAUAGAAUAUAGAAUUUGCAUGUCAGCAAGAAAUAUUAUGCAUCUGUAGUGUGAAACACUGUAGCAUCCCACUUACAAUGAUAGUUUUGAUAAAAUGUGUAUUUACUAAAAGCCUUGAAACCUAACCUUGAGAAACUAACAGUGCCAGGCUACACUCUAAAUGGAUAGCUGCCAAAAGGCCCCUCCCGUCGAGUGAGCUCCUCAUGUUAACAAAAUGGCGCUAAACCCUGGAGGAGACAAUCAUGACGAGGAUAGUGACCUAAGAUGGUACACCCCGUAGGGAGGGCAUUUUACUAACUACUUAGCACCUAAGCCAAUUAACAAUGUCUAUUUGUCUAUAUCUUGAUUUUCUUCAAUGAUGUAAUAAUGCCUUUAAAAGGGCCUGCGAGCCUGCUUUUUAAUCAGAAGCCAUUAAACUUCUCCAAAGUUCUUUCAUUAACCUGAACUCUGUGUCUCAGUGUGAAUUUACUUCUGCGUGCACGCAACUUUAUUAUCUUUAAUUUGGACAGGAACAGAUAGUCAUUCAAACUAAUUGGUUUGCAGUAAAUCAUCUACUACAGUUGGCGCCCAAAACGUGGGGCUCUGGGUUAUGUCCUGCCUGGGCAGCUGUCCAAGAAGAUGCUGGGGGGAUGAAUCCUGGGGGAAGGAAAAGAGCCUGAUCACCUCUGAAUACACGGUAGAGACUGCUGCAGCACCUAGCCGGUAUGUUCCUACCCCUGUGAUUGACCUGUCCCAGUGUCUGUGACUGCUGCCGAGAGGACAUCAAAGUCAGGUAAUAACUUGCCCAGAGUCUUUGUAUUGUUAAUGAUACUUAAUUUACCUGCAUGUUGACUAUCUGUUGCCUGGGUGUGUUUGUAUUGGUUUGUGUUUAACUUAGUACCCGGGGAGUGUGAGUGCCUGUUUACUCCUUUUAGGUACCACGUGGCUGUGGUAGUAAGGAAAAAGGGGGGUGGACCUGUGGAAGUUUUCCUGGGGGUCCUCUAUUGCCUGUUUAAGUCUUUUAGGAGCCACGUAGCUGUGGCUGUAAGGAAAAAGAGUAGGGGGAAUCUGUGGAGGGUGAUGUAGACUCACUGCUUCCUGGGGGUUCCCCAUAGUGUCGCUUUGACUGCUUAGCUAGCCUCAUCGGACACUUCUUCUUGGUAAAAUUCCAGCCUCGAGCGCUGAGGCAGGUAAGAUUCCAAUUCUUUAGGCUAUACAGGAUUCGGGUUGGAAGCUGUUGCUGUUUCCUGUGGCUGCUGGUAGUGAGACUUGCGGGUGGGUCCGCAACAGGGACACUACGAGGUUGAGGGAGGUGGCUUUUGGCCACACGAGUAAAGGCAAGGGAUAAAACUGUUGAACUUAUUUGAACUGUGAUGCAUGCACUGUAUUUACACUGAAAUGUUAUUGUCUUAAUUGUCUGUCACACAGAUUCCUGUGUUUACUUUUAUCUUACUCACUGUACUAUUUACACUUUCCCCUCCUAUUUCUCUUUCUUUGUUGAGAGAAGUGAUUGGUCACACACUUCUCGCCACGCUCCAAUUCCGCGGCUACCUCGGGUAGGCGGAAUUAGUGACUAGUCUACGUUUUGGGAAGACGUACGUAGGAACCCACUCUUACGUAGCAGUCGAGCACUGUAGACCUUCUUUUCUCUCUUUCUCUAUAUCUGGGACGCCUUAUAUAGGGAGGAUGGGACAGAAGUUAGAUAAACCCAGUAAGGGUUGGUUAGCAUGUGAUCUAGUGGAAGACAGAGAAGGAGAAGAGAUGGUUAAGAAAGUGAGGAAGAUUGCUAAAGUAUGUGGAAUUACCGUACCUCCGUGCGGCAGAUUGUAGCCAGAGAUUGUGGCGUAAGUUACUGACAGAGAAGAAAGGGAAGCUGUUGGACCACGAUUUGGUUCGUACAGCAGAAGCCUGGUACCGAGUAGCAAGAGCUAUUCAGCAAAAGGGAUAGGUUGAGGAAGAAAUUGAUCACAAAGGUUUAAGAUUGUUUGUGUAUUAUAAUAAUUGUGUUACUGGGAAGUCCUCCCAGCCAGCGCCCUAUGAUGGCGCCCAGGAGGUGACCACUCCCAACAUUGCGUCAGCAAUGACCGAAAUGUAGGUGACCAUGGUCCCCACCCCUGGUCCCCACCCUACCACCACCCCUAUUUGCCCAGUCCUGAAUGCUGAUGGAUCCCUAUUCUUCCCCCCAUCAGUCCUACAGAUCUCGUCACCCUCAUCCUCUCUCUGCAGCUCCCUGCACCUCCAGUCCGUUUCUCCCGUCAAAGAUUUCUGGUUUCCAAACGUAUAAGUCUCUGUCCUUCUGUCUUGUUACUUUACAGCACUCACAUAGUUAAUUUUCAUGCCUGCAGUCUCUCUCUCUCCCCUUUUUGCACUGUCUCACUUUCUCCCCCCCCUCCUCCCCGCUUGCCUACAUUUCUGCAUUUCGGAGCUACUGAUAAGAGUUAGAGACGGGAUUUUUGCUGGAAAAUAUUCUAAUUCAAAGGUUAUGGUGUUAUAAUUGUGUAAUAAUAUUAUUAUUGUUGCCGUUUGCAUGGCGCCGGCAGAUUCCACGGUGCUAUAUAUAUAUAUAUAUAUAAAUUGUGUUUUGUGAUAAAGUAGUGAGGAUUGUGGGGGAGACACAAGAAUGUAGCUCAGUGUUGAUUACGGAGGUUAAGUAAGUGAAUCUGAUACAAGAAUAGAGGAAUAUUUGGACGUGUUAAGUGUAAAGGCAAGCGUGAUUUGUUGCAAAACUAUGCAAUGUGGAUAGAGGGAAUAUGCGAAGUUGUUUAGUAUGUGAAGAGGAAAGUGAUUAAUGGUUGGAGGAUGAUAAGGGAAAUUGGUUGAAUUCCGUGAGUUUAUUUUGCAUCAUUUUAUUAUUUUAAAGUUAUUUUAAAGUACAUGUUUCUAUGGACAGCUGUAUGGGCUGUUAAAUGCAUAAUGUUUUCAACUGUCUUAUUUAACCUGCCAGGUCUGUUCAUAGUUUAGUAUUUCAUUUUGCAGAACAGAAUGUUGCUUCUCUGACUUAUUUUAUUAGUUAUAAUAUAGUGUAUUGUUGAAAGUGCGUCAGCCACCACCCUAAAGAUGGCGCCUAGUACAGAAGGAGGUUGACCCUGCCAGUCCCGUGACCUAUCUACAGUCACGGUUGCUUCUAAAGUGACGUCACUUCCGCCCUUACCAUGCCCACACCUCCUGUCUUCCUUUCCCACACAUAUCAUGGACGUCACCCCUCUCACUUCCUCCCUUGCUGUCAUUUCCUUCCCCGCCCCUGUCAUGGCUGCCUCCAUCAUGAGGCCUACCCCUAUUAUGCUCGUCCUAUUUAGAGACAUGUUGUUUUCCUUACACUCUACAUAUUAUGAACAGAAACAUUAUAAUUACUAAAACAAUCAUGCCAUUUGUUUCCCUGUAUCAGAAAUUUGUCCGUGAUAAAAAAAAAAAAAAGAAGGUUGCUAGAAUGUCAUUUGCAACUGUGGUGUGACCUACAAAUGAGAUCUGUUGGACACGAAUAUAAGAGCAUAACAGCUGAUUAUCCAGAUUAAUCUUGCAACAAGGGAAAUAGCCAAAUAAUGCAAGUUAUUUUAAACAUUGUAUCUUUACUUAAUCGAAUCUUGCUAGUUACAGAUCGUAGGUUUACAGUAACAUCCUUUACUUUAAAUGAUGGUUUAGCAUUAGAAGGGUUUGUGACAUGUUUUAUUAACCCAGCCACUACUGGUUAUUCAUUUUAGUUACAGGGUGGUAUAAUUGUUAUGGUCUAACUAAUAUAAAUGAUAGUACCGCAAUAGUUAAUGUUUUAUCCAAAGAUAUUUAGGAAAUUUACUUCACUUACUAUUAACCAUUAUUUAUAAUGAUAGAACCCACUGAUGCUUAAUGCCCCUGCCAUGGCAGUGUCUACAGGGAACAAGGGGGGCCACUAGCCACUGUAACUUUACCUAUUGAAGGUCACCCUACUACUUUCCUGGUUGACACAGGUGCAGCUCGCAGUGUUCUUAGAGAACAAGACCUGCCUGACUCAUCGUUCCUGUCUGACACCGAUGUCUCUUGUGUUGGUGUUGAUGGUAUUUCCCGCAGUAACCUGUCCAUGUCCCAUUAACCUCUUGGGUGCUGAUGUCCUAUCCCGCCUCCAAGCAUCCAUGACCCUCACUGCAGACGGCCAGGUUCAAUUAAAUACACCUUUGUCACGAAAAGACACUGCAGUUCUUUGUUCCCUUCCCAUUUUACUUGGAGAUGACAUCCCCACGACAGAAAAAUGUUCUCUGGACCUCCUUUGUUAUCUUGCAGAUCAGGGGUGUAAGGCAUCUCUUGUCAAACUUCAAUUUUGCCAGGCCACAGUAAUCUUUCUAGGCCAUUACCUGUCCCAUGGCACCAGACACCUCACCUGUGAUCGUGGCCAUUCCGCCUCCAAAAACUCCUAACUCCCUCCACGCCUUUCUAGGCCUCAUUUCUUACUGCCGAGCGUGGAUCCCAGAGGCCUCUCUACUCUGUCUGUCCUCAGAAGCACAUGACAACUUCUACACUCUCCAACGUGCUAGUGCCUCUGCUCCCGCCCUUGGCUUGCCAAACUACACCAAACCAUACAAAUUAUUUGUGUCUGAAAGACAAGGCCACGCUACAGGAGUCCUUACUCAAGCCCAUGGACCUGGCGGCCGCCAAAGGCCUUUUGGCUUCUUCUCUUGCCAACUGGACAUUGUGGCUAGAGGAACCCCCUCUUGCCUCCGAGCUGUUUUUGCCGCUCAGGAACUCAUCAACCGCACUGGGGACUUGGUUCUUGGCCACCCUCUGACUGUUUUGGCACCUCAUGAUAUUUCUGCCAUACUUAACCAGGUCCAACUCAAACAUGUCACCCCUGCCAGGCACCUUCGUCUCCAAUGUCAUCUCCUGUUACCUGACAAUGUUACCCUUCAAAGAUGUCAGGUUCUGACUCCGUCCACUCUUCUGCCACUCCCUGAGGGGGGGUAGCUACUAUGGAUUUACCAUGGCUCGGGCCCAUGGCAAAACUAUGGGCCACCAUGGAUGAACUACAGCUCCAAGAAAAAGGCGUUGUCAAGUACCCAACAACUGAACAUGUAAAAGCAUGGCCACGGUACUUUCUGGAAGAAGAAUUUGAAGAUCUGGUCAUAAAGCACGACUAUGAUCCAGAAACGCCCCAUAACUGUUUUGAACAGAUGCCAACCGUGCAUGAGGAUCCACUAAUAGAUCCUGACCUCACCCUGUUUGUGGACGGCUCAAGGUAUGCGGAUGAAGAAGGAAAAUACCACACAGGAUAUGCCGUCACCACAACAGAUGAAAUUAUCAAGUCAUCAUCUCUACCAUCAACAAUGUCUGCGCAGGAAGCUGAAUUACAAGCCCUAACUUCAGCAUGCAAGAUAUCUGAAGAAAAGCGCGCCAAUAUCUACACAGAUUCAAGAUAUGCACUGGGCGUGGCUCAUGACUUCGGAUUAAUUUGGAAAACAAGAGGAUUUCUUACCACUGCCGGUACACCAGUCAAGCACAGUUCUACAAUCAAGGAGCUGAAGAAGUGGCCAUUCUGAAGGUAAAGGCACAUGGGAAGUUGGAUUCGAAUGAACCAAGGGGCAACCAUCUGGCUGAUCAAGUUGCAAAACAAGCUGCAAGAGAACUACAGGAAGUGGACAGAAGUGUGUCCGGAAACGAAGAAACUCCCACAUUUACCUUGCAGACACUUCCAACUGAUCUAAAAAUCCUACGGGAACAACAGGCUGCAGUUGCUCCUGAAGAAAUACAAAAAUGGAAACAGAAAGGGGCAGUUCUGAAGGAUGGAGUGUACUCCAACAACCUCAAGUUCUGCCUCCCUAAGAAUUUGUACCCAGCAGUCGUACAAUGGGCACACGGACCUGCACAUUUAUCAAAGGAUCUAAUGAAUGCUCUUGUACAAAAAUACUACCUCACUGUCCCCAUAUGAGAUUCUAUUUGGGACUGCACCUAGGCUAGGUUGCUAUUUUCCCCAACAACUACAACUUCAAACUGAUGUUUUAGUAGAUUAUGUAACUGAACUCGCAAAUGCUUUAAACAAAAUCCAUGCCCAAGUUUUCUCUUCAAUUCCAGAUCCUGAUUCUGAUACGGGCAACCACAGUCUGCUCCCUGGUGAUUGGGUCCUAGUCAAGAAAUUUGUGCGGAAACACACCCUGGAACCAAGAUUUGAUGGACCAUUCCAAGUUCUACUGAUCACCUCCACCUCAUUCAAGUUGGCUGGGAAAAGCAACUGGAUACACGCCUCCCAUUGCAAAAAGGUUCCUGUCCCAGAGGAAGCAGACUCCUCACAACCAUGUACCUCUGGUACAUCAUCCCUCUGAUUAGUUUCCUUGAGGCCCAACAAGUGGCCAUUACCAAAGAUGCUAGUGGGUACACUUUCUGGUAUAAUUCAUCAUGUACCCACGUGGCUACAUUCACCUUUGAUUACUGUGAUAUUGUAGAAUGCCCAUUCCCUAAGUCACAGAUUCAAGCCAUUUAUAAAGAUAUACCACAAGCAAAAGACCCUUACGUUUGUGUAGUAGAUGAACAAUGGGGUUAUGACUGUAACUACUGGGGGGCUGCAGGAUGGAAUACUGGGCCUGCCUGGGGUUAUAAACCCAAAAGUGCUUUAUCUAAGAUAGACAAUCAGGGUAGAUCCCUCCUUCAAAGAAUGACUUUAAGAAAGCCUGGAGGAAGUACCCCUAUGAAACUAAUGUUAAAUAUUGAACAUCCUGGCCCCGAGGAUGCAGACCGAUAUGUAAUGGGAAUGUACUGGAAGAAAGGUUCCUACAACAAAUUAGGUAAUUUCUACCUCAGAGAUAUGUACCACUCUCCAGAGUGGCAAGGGGCUGAUCAUAUGGUCCCAAAUCCGCUAAAACCACAUAUCCAGUCCUUUAAAGAUAUGAUGGCCAUCGCUAACCCCACUUUUGAAGAUACCAUGGCCGCUGAAACUGGAUUCAAUUACAUUAAUUUGUGGUUAGAAUGGAUGAGGUAUAAUGCCAACAAACAUAAUAAAACAGCAUGUUAUGUAUGUGGCGGUGCCCGACCCCACCUUGGCACCGUCCCCCUAACUCUCCCUUUAGAGAUAGAAGAUUGCUUCUUAAGCCUUUUUGCCUACCAAUAUGACUUUAAUAGGUCCCUCUGCAUGGCAUGGACGGCAGAAUACCCUCUCUUAGUUGAAAAUGUUAAGCCACCAGAUGGAAUCACAGUCUAUAGAGGUAAUUACACUUGUUAUGCCAUGUAUAACGGGAUUGGUAAAUUCAUGGGUAAUUUUUCUAAAGGUUAUUGUGCCACUUACAGAACUGUCCCCAUACGUCUGUUACAACAUCACACCAGGUCACUAGGAGACAUUUACUGGCUAUGUGGGGACUUGCAGUUAAGAUCCAGACUGGAGACUGGCUGGUGGGGGGAGUGUACCUUGGCCAAGGUUAUCAUGCCCAUCCACAUUAUUUCUGACAAUCAUCCCGGCACCCACGAUUCCCCACAGACGUUAGCUAGGAUUAAGCGAGAAACCCCAGUAAAAGGCAGUUUUGACCCACACAUUUACAUAGAUGCCAUUGGGGUACCUAGGGGGGUGCCUAAUGAAUUUAAAGCUAGAGAUGAAGUCGCUGUAGGUUUUGAAUCACUUUUUACCAUAGUCACUGCCAACAAAAACCUUAAUUGGAUUAAUUAUAUCUAUUACAACCAGCAGCGCUUCGUGAACUACACCAGGGAUGCCCUCCAGGGCUUGGCCGAGCAAUUACAGGCCACAUCCCAAAUGACCUUCCAGAACAGACUGGCCUUAGACAUGAUCUUAGCCGAAAAAGGGGGGGUCUGUAAAAUACUACCCGACACUAUGACUUGUUGCACUUACAUUCCAGAAAACACAGGUCCUAAUGGUAAAGUCACUCUGGCCAUAGAUAAAUUAAAUAGACUCUCAGAAGAGUUAAAGAGAAACUCUGGAGUUACUGAUCCCUGGGAAAAAUGGUUUGGUUGGAUGACUGGUUGGCAGAGAGCUUUCGUCCAGAUUGGUAUUGCCUUACUAAUUUUUCUUUUUAUUCUCGCUCUUCUCAUUUGUUGUGUCCUCCCAUGCCUAAGGAAAUUCCUGCAGAAAACUGUACACCAAGCAACACCAACCUUCGCCCAUCUAGAGAUUGGUGACCAAGACCUCACAUCACCCUGUAUUCCGCUACAAACUCUCCCGUAUGCUGAUGAAGUGCAGAAAGUCCAGGAAGGGACAGUACAGGGACAGCGUCCGUCUUUAUGGGUAGACUGCCGUACGGAGAAGUAGUGGAUAAGCCACUAUGGGUUACCAGCGGAGUGAAGAGUGUUCCUGAACCGUACUGACGGAUGUGCUGCAGCCUGUUAGGGUCAAGAGAGGGAUAGACUUGCACUUUGCAUUAACACUAAGUCAGCGGUCAUGGGGUUUCUGUGUCUUUGGGCUAACACAUCUUCUGAUACUAACAAAUUAAGUUUUGUCUUUUAGCAAAUAACAUUUUAAGGGGGGACUGUUGUAGAAUUAUUAGGCCUCUAUAAAUCUGUAAGGCCCCUUUAAAUCCUCUUGCUAUACCUCUAAGAGGCCCCAUAGUUUUACAAGAAAGCUUUGUCUAUAGAAUAUAGAAUUUGCAUGUCAGCAAGAAAUAUUAUGCAUCUGUAGUGUGAAACACUGUAGCAUCCCACUUACAAUGAUAGUUUUGAUAAAAUGUGUAUUUACUAAAAGCCUUGAAACCUAACCUUGAGAAACUAACAGUGCCAGGCUACACUCUAAAUGGAUAGCUGCCAAAAGGCCCCUCCCGUCGAGUGAGCUCCUCAUGUUAACAAAAUGGCACUAACACCUGGAGGAGACAAUCAUGACGAGGAUAGUGACCUAAGAUGGUACACCCCGUAGGGAGGGCAUUUUACUAACAUCUUAGCACCUAAGCCAAUUAACAAUGUCUAUUUGUCUAUAUCUUGAUUUUCUUCAAUGAUGUAAUAAUGCCUUUAAAAGGGCCUGCGAGCCUGCUUUUUAAUCAGAAGCCAUUAAACUUCUCCGAAGUUCUUUCAUUAACCUGAACUCUGUGUCUCAGUGUGAAUUUACUUCUGCGUGCACGCAACUUUAUUAUCUUUAAUUUGGACAGGAACAGAUAGUCAUUCAAACUAAUUGGUUUGCAGUAAAUCAUCUACUACAACACCAUAGUUGUAAAAAAGCUAUUCACCCUGGCUUUAUGUUAAAAUGACUAUGCUCCUUCCCUUUCAUGACACUGUCAAAAAGGGGCCAAGCAUGGAUGUCAUUACAAUUAUGCCUGCCCCCGGAAAAAUUCCUGCGGACGCCCAUGAUGUUAAUCUAUUUUUUAAUUUAUUUUUUAUAUGAUUGCACAAAACGUCUCAGCCUCUUUGCUUAAUUAUGUACACCCAUCCUUAAUCACUCACACUCCUUAUUGCCUAAAUACGCACACCUUUAAAGGUUUUAAAACUUCUAUUUACAAACUUAUAUAAACCCUUGCUGUGUUCUAAUAAAUUGAAGUACUUAUUCAGCUUUUUUUUUUUGUGUGUGUGUGUCAGUCAAGUUUUGUUGCUCCCCAACACUUUUUGUGGAGAAACUUAAGCUGCACAGAAUCAACACGUCCAUAAGGAGGGCACUUCCCUCCGGGUAACUCUGGCACCAUAACUCUCCUCCCAUACACCACAGAGAGUGGUAGCAGUAUCCCUGCUGAAUUCAGAGUAACUCUCUCCAUAGUCUCCACCGUUGUACUCACUCCUAUACUAACCCUGCCUCACAUAAACACUAUCGAAUAAUUUGUUUGUAGCAAAUAUGCAUGAAAAUGAUUGCAUAGAAAGCACACUUGUUGUUACUCAGUUGCUUUAUAGCCUUUCCGAACUGGGCACAUUUACACACCGCUCCUUUGCCCUUAAGUAGGAUGGCCGCCUCGUGUUUCCUGUUACCAGCGGAAACAUACGGUCUUAUCUAAACAUCUGCACCGUGUGCGGGAGCUGGAGUCCUCGCCAAAGUAACACACUGUGCCCUGGGGAUCAUCGUCUGGUGUCGGCGGCCGGAAUCUAUUUCGGGACUUUGUGUAGCUAUUUGUAUCCGCGGCUGCUGCAGCGCGGGGCGAGCAGUGUGAGUGUGUCAGUGUAACGCUGUAUUCCCGGGGCUCGGCCGUGGCUGCAUGCAGUAUUAGCGGCACAUAAUUAGGGGAUGCUGAACGCCAGGCACUGGCCAGCUUAGUCUUAGUAGGGAAAUGUGUGUUUAUAGGACAGCUCCCCAGAUAAACUAGCAAAGCAUAAUCGGAGUUGUAGAUUUAGCCACUCUUGGCAGACACGAACAGACCGUCUGCUGGCGGAUACUAUCAGUUUGAUCACUGUUUUAUAUUUUCUUCUUCUCAUUGAUGCCACUGUUCCAUAUAGUGAUACACACCAUUAAAGGGACACUCCAGGCACCAUAACAACUUUAUCUAAACUAAGUAUUUAUGGUGCCAAUAGGCCCCCUGGCUAACUCUUAUCACAAUGGGUUAUACCAUUCCCAAACAAGUUAAAACCUAUCUUGGUUCCAACGGCAGUAUCCACUCCUCCCUGGCGGCUUCCAGCUUCUGAAUUUUAAAGGGACACUAUAGUCACCUGAACAACUACAGCUUAAUGUAUUUGUUCAGGUGAGAUCUGUAGCUCCCUGCAGGCAAUCUAAUGUAAACACUGUAUUUUCAGGGAAAAACAGUGUUUACAUUGAUAGAAAUACUUCCAGUGGCCGUCACUCAGACGGUCACCAGAGGGACCUCCUAUCAUGUAGCGCCCUAAAAAGGCCUUGUACAUGUCAGACGUAUUAAGAUACGUCUGACGUGUGCAGAAGAGAGAAGGCACUGUGUGCGCACCUUCUCUCUCCUGCCUGUCAGCAGAGGAGAGGGGGCAGGCAAAGACUGUGAGCUGAGCUGUCAGUCAGCUCGCGGACGCGCACACCGCGAGCAUGUGCGGUAGUGCGCUCAAAAUUUCAGAAGUAUGUGCGGUGAACCUCACUAACUUUGCACAUUGAAAAGUGUGACAGAACGAGCACUCUCUUGACACACAUUCUUUAUGAGGUACUUUUGAAAGUGACAUUCAAAGGAACUUAACCCCUAUAACUUGCUGUGUCCCUCAUAUUAAUGGACCACUAUAGUGCCAGGAAAACAAACUCGUUUUCCUGGCACUAUGUAGUCCUUAGGUUCCUGCCACCCUCAUCGCCCUCCGCUGGGCUGAAGGGGUUAAAACACUUACCUUUCUCCAGCGCUGGGGAACCCUCCUACUCUUGCUGACGCCAGCGCCGUUUGUGCAUGCGCGGCAAGAGCCGUGCGCGCAUUCAAACCGCCCAUUCAAACCGCCGCAUUACUCAAUGCAUUCCUAUGGACGUCAGCGUCUGAUUUUCACAGUGAGAAUCUCGGAAGUGGCCUCUAGUGACGGUCAGUGAGACAGCCACUAGAGGCUGGAUUAACCCUCAGUGUAAAAAUAGCAGUUUCUCUGAAACUGCUAUAUUUACAGCUGCAGGGUUAAAACCUGGGUGACCUGCCACCCAGACCACUUUAUUGAGCUGAAGUGGUCUGGGUACCUAUAGUGGUCCUUUAAUUUGAAACUGUGCAUAAUUGUCUCCUCCAGAGCCACACUGAGGCAGAAUUAACUUUCUCAACCAACCACAACUUAUAUGUUGAAUCGAUCUUACUUCAAUAUGCAGCACAUUUACCUUUUUUAUUUGUUUUAUUUUUCUGAUUCUGGGUACACAAUUAUUGAGGACUUAUUCUAGGCUUGUUGAAGAAAUAAACAUUUUAAAGACAGGAGGCAGGUAUUUGCUUAUUCCUUCUUUACUGUCACCUCUAGCAGCAAAAAGACAGUAGACGUAGUCCGUAAAUAACAACCAAUCAGAAGUAGGUAACCCUUAACUAGACCCUCCCACUUUCUCUUUCUUUGAGGACGGGCAGGAAAACAGAUGACAUCUGUUAAUGGGGCUGGCUGCGGCUAAUGGAAGUAGACAGCCGCUCUUCCAGACUCCCUGCUUCCCCCUCCUUCUGUCUCUCCAGCCCUGUGUGCACCGUGAGGAAGUGAAGGGAACUGUAAUAACUUCCUCCCGGCGCUGAGGGCACGCAGGGUAAAGGGCGGUUGGCCGGUUCUGCGGCAUGGAGGCGGGCAGGAAGCAGGAUCGGCUCUGCAGCAUGUCGGCGGGAGGCGAGCAGAGUUGGCUUUGCGGCAUUAGUUUGCUUUGCUUUAUCUGGUGUCCUGCCACGUUAGCUUGCCAUUCCCCUGCGCUGCCUCUGCACCGGGAGGAAGUAAUUACAGUUCUUUACUACCUCCCGGCGUUCACAGCGCUGUACUGGGAUCAAGACAGGAAGAGGAGGGAACUGGCUGACGAAUCCCAGGUGCCAGGACAAAAUAUUGAGUCGCCAUUGCGACCUGGAGCCUGGGAUUUGUCGAGCCCAUAUAUAUAUAUAUAUAUAUAUAUAUAUAUAUAUAUACUCCACAUCGUUUAAUUAUUUGAUAGCUGCAGUUAGAUUUUUCCCCGUUAAUCUAUGUUCAUGCUGUAGUUUACAUUUUUCUAUCAUCGUGUCUUAAAGGAUCACUAUAGUGUCAAGAAAACAAAUCGGUUUUCCUGACACUAUAGUAACCUGACGGUGCCCCCACCUUCAGGGUCCCCCUCCCGUGUUGCUGAAGGAGUUAAAACCCCUUCAAUUAGUCACCUUCUUCCACCGCCGGGCUCCCUUACCUCUCCUCCCCCGCCGACGUCAGCUCCCCCGUCUGAUGUCAGCAGAGCGGAAUGCGCAUGCACGGCAGUGCCACGUGCGCAUUCAAAGUGUCCAUAAGAAAGCAUGUUUCAAUGCUUUCCUAUGGACGCUCUGCGUGAUGGAGGCAUAAUAUGCCUCCAGUGUCGCAGAUGCGCAUCUAGUGGCUUUCCGGAAGACAGCCACUAGAGGCUGGCUUAACCCCAAAUGUAAACAUAGCAGUUUAUUGAGCUGAAGUGGUCUGGGUGACUAUAGUGUCCCUUUAAUCAAUCACCUAUAAUAGCUAAUCCUAAGCACCUAGUGGUUUUCAUCUAUUGGAACUACAGUUCUAUCCUACAGAAUUUUGCAUCCUUUGUUUAAUCAGAUGGAACUGUGCUCCUAAUGACUUCCCAGUCUCUCAUUUACAUAUUUUACCAAAAAGUGCAGUACCGUCGACAUUUAAUGAUACAUCUUCACCGCUUUGUUGUUUACAACCUUGUGCAGUCUAUGCAAGCUUGUGUGUUUUGCUAUGCACUACAAAAAUAAAGAAUAUAAAAAAAUGUUAAAUUUAAAUAUACAAAUCUAUAGCAAAAAUUAAACCUGAAGUACAACCUUACCUAAGAAGAAACGUCAUCAUAAACACCACUAGUGACAUGAAGAGACAAAGAAAAACAGUGUUGGAAAAAACAAGGGGAGGUGGAAUAUUCGCCUCCUGUCUUUAAUAAAAUUUUUAUUUUCUUCACCAAGGCUAGAAUAAUCCUCAAUUUUACAGCAAGAAAGGAGGCCUCAUAUUUGCAAUUUUUAUGCUUUGAGAGUAAAGCAAAAGAAGCAUGAGGAGAAUGGCGGAAAUAAAACUUCUGGAAAGUAGAUUUCUGUGAUCAAUACGCUGCAGUCAAAACCUCAGAUAACAAACUGCCGAAAUCCAUGCCAGACGCGCUGCGGCACCUCACACCGAGUGGGCACCAGAAAAUUCCUCUAUUCCUGCGAUGUGAAGAAUUAAUCCAUUUGAUAUAUCGAGCUAUCGUUGUAGUCAAAACCGGUUUAAAAGGUUGUAUAUAUGUGAUCCAAAAAUUGAUCUGCAACACCAAAGGCGGCGAGCUACACAAAGUUGAUGUCAAUUUGCAAAAUACGGUUAAGAAUACAGAAGAAGAAAUAUUAGGGAGGGAUUAUCUCUUUGUAUUCGGAGUGUCACACUUUUUAACUGCAUUGUUAUUGGUUGUAAACUUUGUGUUGGAGUCCCCAACAAGGUCCAUGUGGUAGUGCCCCUUACAUAAAAGCCAAUGUGGCACCAAUAAACUGCAUUCCUGUUGUACCCUUCAUCUAUUCUAGUUUGGGUAACUGUCUACUUGCUGGUGGAGAACACUACUUGGAUGCCAGAUUUGUCUGGAACCGUUUGAAUCUUCACCCGAACUGCAAGCUAUAAUCACUUAGUCUCAGCAGUUCGGGAGGGAAUAGGCGAACAAGGUAUCUACUAUACCAGCGUUCGUAACAACAACUAAAAUCUAAUAGGUUUAUUUAAAAUCUCUUUCUGUCUCUUUUGUCCCUUUUCCAGCCCCUUUAGGUGUCUCUCUCCCAAUCCCUGGUCUGUCUCUUUUUUUGCCCAUUCCACAGCCCCUCUGUGCAGUGUUAAAUUUCAAUUUAGUUUUAGUCAUAGUCUUUUGACUAAAAAGCUGUUUUAGUUUGUAGUACAUUAAUUUCAAUUGGUUUAGUUUUAGUCGACUAAUUCUCAAAAAUUGUAGUCGACUAUUAGCAUUUGUGGAACUUAACCUGGGAUAUGCAUUGGUCUUGCACAUAUUUUAAAUAGUCUAAAACUUAAACAUAUAUAUGUUUCCUGUUUUUAUAGUACGUUGGGUUGAAAUGA